AGACCGGUUUCCGGUUCCUGCAGUACCCGAUUAGAUAGUUUUUAAAAUUAUAAUAAAUAAGUUUAUUAGCGUUAAUUUGUCUUUUACUUAAAAGAAACAUAUCAAAAAUGAGUCUCAUUAUAACAAACAUCCUCUUGUUAUUGACCAUCUCGUGUUCGGCAUUAAAGGAGGCUGAUUUAAAUAUAAACGAAAAAAAUUUUCAAGACGGCAGAAAUCGCUUCGAAAUGUACAAAAGGUAUACGGACUUUGACAGUCCUGAAUAUAGCGAAUGCUAUACUGAUGCCUUAGAAUCACUUAAUAUUGGAUGUAAAUACUUAACUGAUGAUAUACAACAUAGACUGGCUUUCAAAUUUUUUGAUUGUUUCCGAGAGAAGUUGGGAAGAGAUUUAAUAAAUUGCAAAGAAGAUGAAGAUAUCAAAGAUUGCUAUAAGAGAGUGGGAAAGGAUUCCGAUUAUACCGAUUUCUUUACUCACACGAACAACAUGUGCUACUUUCUUCAAUCUCAAAUCUGGUAUAGAAAUGUGAAUAAGGCAACUUCACGACUUAUCGAAAAAUCUCAAGACAUUGGUCAACAGCUUGAAGAUUCUCGACUAAAACAGAAAGAAUUAAUUGAUCUUCAAGAAAAGCAAAUUAAUAGUGGAAAAGAAGUAAAAUACCUUAUUGAAACAGCAGGAGACGGGGUAUCAAAGCUUAUGACUGACUUUCGUGAAAAUACCUUCGAGCAGAGGAAUAUGAUUGGAGAAAUCUUUGAGAAAAUAUCUUCGUUCCAACGUCUCUUCUUUACUGAGAGCUCUUGGUUAUACUCAAUGGUAUAUUAUUCCGCAACAAUGUUCUUAUCCUAUCUAUUAACGUCAACGAAGAAAACUAGCUCCUCAAGAUUUUGGAUAUUUUCAAUUUUCAUUAUGGGUCUUAUGAGCGAAUAUUUUUUAACUUACAUAUCAAAUUCGGGACUCAUUUUCGAUUCUCAUGUACCUGAAAUUUUCCAUAAGAAAAUAAGCUUUAUCCGUGGUAUAUUUGCAAGUGUAGCCAUUAUCGUAUGGGCGAUUAUGGCAUAUAGAUUUCAAGACAUGGAUAAAGUCAAUAAUCAACUACUAUUAAAGAUUCAAGAACAGAAUGAGCAAUUAAAAUUUCUGCUUCAAAAUGGCAGAAUUUCCAAUGGACAUAUUUCUAGUGAACAUAAUUUUGUUUUCGACACACCGGAGAAAUUAAAAAUUAGUAAUGUUGUAGAGCAUCAUGAAGAGGAAGUUGAGAAAGAAGCUGCCUUGGAUGAAGAAGAAGAUACUGGCGAGUCCAGUUCAAGCGAUGAAGAAGAUCCAACUAUUAGCUUUUCGUCAAGCAGUAACCGCUCGACUCCCUCGUGCAGUAGAGCGUCUACUCCAUUCUCUUUCAUCGACCAGGAGGAAAUAAAAUCCCUGACGGAAUCAACUCCUAUGAGGCAACUGGCCAAAGAAGCUAAACUUCAAAAAAGAUGGUCUUCACCCGUAGACAAUAGCUCAAGCCAUAGAUACAACUUGCGUCGGAGGACAUCGAUAAACUAUAGGGAUAUGCUUACGGGAGAAUCCGACAGAGAAUUUAGAAAGAGAAUUCAAGAAGCUGCAAAGAAAUCGUACGAAAACUCUCAAGAAUUUCGGAAGCGGUUCAAAUAA